AUGCAGAGAGGCACUCCGGUCAGAAACCCACACACCUCCACCUCCGAUCUCCUCACUUGGUCGGAAACUCCUCCGCCGGAAUCUCCCGCCACCGCCUCCUCUGCUGCUCGCUCACGCCAGCCUUCGGAUAGAAUCAGCAAGGUUCUCCAUGGCGACCAGGUCACCGACGAAGAAGCUCAGAUGCUAACCAAGAGCAAACCAUGCUCAGGGUAUAAAAUGAAAGAAAUGACUGGAAGCGGUAUAUUUGGUGCCAAUGGAAAAGAUUCUGCAUCAGAAGCCAAUUCUGCGGAUUCCAAUAACAGAACAAGCAUACGCAUAUGCCAGCAAGCGAUGAAUGGAAUUAGUCAGAUAUCAUUCAGCACUGAAGAGAGCAUUUCUCCUAAGAAGCCUACCUCAAUCCCCGAGGUAGCGAAACAACGUGAACUGAGUGGGACAAUGCAAAGUGAUUCGGACUCGAAGAGUAAGAAGCAAAUAUCAAAUGCCAAGACCAAGGAGCUCACUGGAAAUGACAUAUUCGGCCCCCCUCCUGAAAUUGUGCCGCGAUCAGUGGCGGCUGCACGCACUAUGGAAUCCAAGGAAAGUAGAGAUUUGGGAGAGCCUCUUCCCAGAAAUGUGCGAACAUCAGUGAAAGUUUCUAAUCCUGCAGGUGGCCAAAGUAAUAUCUUGUUUGGUGAGGCACCUGUUGAGAAGACAUCAAAGAAGAUACAUAACCAGAAGUUUGCGGAGUUGACAGGCAAUAAUAUUUUCCAAGGAGAUGUUCCUCCAGGUUCAGCAGAAAAGCCUCUAAGCAGGGCUAAGCUCAGAGAAAUGACUGGCAGUGACAUAUUUGCUGAUGGAAAGGCAGAAAUCAAAGAUCCUGUGCGAGGUGCUCGGAAACCCCCUGGUGGAGAGAGCAGCAUAAGCUUGGUUUAAGUUAUUUUAACCUUCAAAACUACUAGCGAUAUAGUCUCUUAAUACUUUUUUGUCUGACACUUUCUAUUGGUUGAGAUUUACGCGAGUCUUACUUAUGUGGAUCUCUUCAACAAACUAGCAAGACUCACAUGAAUUUUUGCCAAUAAAAGAAAGCAGAUAAAAAGUAUUAAAUGUGUGUUAGCAUUUUACUUUUUUUUAACUUAUCCCUUUUGACGUAGGCAUUCUUAAAGUAUGUCUGAACUCCCAUGUUUUUCAGUAGAAGCGUCAGUGUGGUCGAUUAUCAGUGUUGUAGGUUCAACUGUUCAUGAACAUCGUAAAAACCUUACUUUACAUUUGAACGAUGAAAGAGGGAAUCAACCACACUUGGACGAGGUUUUAGUGUUCAUUUGUCUUAAACUUGUUAGGAAAACAUCACUCAUGUCAUGUUUUUUUGAGUAGUUAAAGAAAUAUAUUUCAUGCUGUUGUCCAUCGUA